AUGUCCAUAUUUCCCUACGCCUACUACAUGAUCCAGGACUUCGGCAUCGCAAAGGACGAGAGCGCGCAUUCAAUGUACGUCGGCAUGAUCACGUCGUCGUUUGCAUUCGCAGAGUGCAUCAGCGGGAUAUUCUGGGGCCGUCUCAGUGAUCGCAUUGGGCGCAAACGAGUGCUCCUUGGUGGCCUCUUUGGCACAGGACUUAGCAUGAUCCUUUUUGGCUUCGCGAAAAACCUACCAAUGGCAAUGGUUGCCCGGGCUCUCGGAGGUUUGCUCAACGGGAACAUCGGCGUGCUCCAAACCACCGUUGCUGAGCUGGUCACAGACGAGAAGCACCAACCGCGCGCUUAUUCCAUCAUGCCUUUUGUCUGGUGCCUUGGCACUAUCGUCGGCGGUUUCCUUGGCGGAGUUCUCGCCCGGCCUGCACUUCAAUGGCCCGGCACGUUUGGAGGCACCAUUUUCGAGACGUACCCGUACCUGCUUCCAAAUAUUUUCUGCACCAUGGUGGUCUUGUUUGGACUUGCGGUUGGGAUCCUAUUCCUGGAGGAGACGCAUGAGGACCGAAAGUAUGACCGAGACUGUGGCCGCGAGGCGGGGCAAUGGGUCCUGCGUAAGAUCUGGAGACAAGAUGCAGAUGCGCCAUUCAGCGACAAGGAUGCUUCCUUAGACGAGAUGACAUCCAUGCUCGCUGACCACGACCUCGACGAGCAGGCAUAUCAAAGCACGUCUAGCACCCCGACUCUGUGCAGCAGGCGCACCUCAAUCUCCGAACCUCCGCCCUUUACCCUAGACAAGACGGUCCAACCAGCGCCUCAGGCUCGACAAGCUUUCACCACUCAGUUGCUGCCGAUCCUCAUGUCCAAGGAAGCGCCCGACCAUAGUGAGACUCGUCUUCCCUUCCACUUCAAAGGAGGAUUUGGUUGGUCGACCCAAAUGAAUGGAGCAUUCUUAGCUACACAAGGCGCGAUGCAGAUGUUUGCUCAGCUCAUCGUGUUCCCUUGGCUCAGCAAGAAGCUCGGCAGCUUACGCACUUUCUGGAUCACACUUUCUCUGUACCCUAUCCUCUACAUUCUCGCUCCAUACUUGGCGUUGCUUCCCGAGAAGCUUCGCAUCCCUGGAUUGAUGGCCCUCCUGGUGGGUAAGGUCACCUUUCAAUCGCUCUCCUACCCGUCGCUCGCCAUCAUUUUGGCCAACUCCUCUCCUUCCAAGAGAGUGCUCGGCACCCUGAAUGGCGCAGCGGCCUCUUCCGCUAGCAUCUCGCGCGGAUUCGGUCCCACUGUAUCGGGCCUCAUCGACGGCAUUGGCACGAAGCACAACAUGUCCGGUCUCGCUUGGUGGACCAUUGCCGGGGUCGCAUUGCUGGGAUGGGCCCCAGGCUUUGUCUUGUCCGAAGGCAAGAAACAGCAACCACGGGACGAAGAGACUCUACUCGACGACACAGCAUCAGUCAUGACGCUGACUCCCGACGACCCAAUGGAGACACUCUCCAAAUAG